AUGUCUUCUCCUAAAUGCUUGUUAGUGUUGUUCCUGCUCGCAGUAGCAGUGAUUCUCUCCGCAACCCCCUCAUCACUCGCUGAUGAUCGUCAUGAACCUCCUAAAGGUAAAGGCAAGAAACCACCUCCAAAACAUAAGCCACCACAUGGUCACUUUUUGAGUGAAAAUGUAGAGGACUUUCAUGGACCUCCAAAAGGCAAGGGAGAGAAACCACCACCUGAAUACAGACCUCCACCUCAUCACAAACCACCACAUAAGCCUCCACCAGGACAUAGAAGCCUUUUGGAAGUUGAGGAUGUCGUGGAGGAAGACCAUAAGGGUAAGGGAUAUAAACCACCACCAAAACAUAAGCCACAUCAUGGACAUCAUGGACAUCUUCUAACUGAGGAAGAAGUAACUGAGGAUUUGCACAAGGGAAAAGAAAAGGGAGAGAAGCCACCACCAAAACACAAGCCACCACACGGAGAGAAAUUUCCGCCAAAACACAAGCCACCCCACAAGCGUCCACCAGCCAACUAA